AUUGUCUGGUCGCCUUGACAAGGCUGCUAUUGCGGAGCAGCAUGCAGACGAGAUCUCUAUGUUUCACGCGCUUGCAUCUGAGGACACGAUACGCCUACAACAACUCGCGCAGAAGUUCUACAUACAGACCGGUAACAGACCGGCCGCUCUGUUUUCACUCGACUGCAUCUGCGGUUCAAACCCCGCAGGGAUCCAGAAGGCAACCCCGUCUCAUGUGUCGGCUGUCCUGCAGUUCUAUCGUGCCUAUGCUCAGCUACUUCGAGAGUUAGGUGCUGGACACCACGUGGAAAUCAAUCAACCGGCCGUUCAGCAACUCUUUGGAUACCGCACAAUGGAGGACGAUGUAUUCUUCAUACCUUCUUCGACGUACUUGGGCGCCUGGAUCAUGAAGAACUCACAACCCGUGCUGUACACCGACGACGCUGGUCAUCGCAUGAAGCGUGUCGUACGCGAUGCACGGCAUUCUCCGUUUGCAUCAAUCACGUCACCGUUGGUUGCAAAGCGGUGGAAUCACAUCUCCAUCUUGCAACUCAUGUUCUGUCGGCUCGGAGAUCGCGAACGAGCCAUGUACCAGAGGGACUGGCUCGAACGUUUGUAUGACUCAUUGUUCCCGCCUCUGCCCGAAAUGGGAUCACCCGCCAACCUGUCACUCAGCAGCAUUCCCCAAGCAAAAACCACCCUGCCAAUCGUGAAGGAGUGGAUCAGAGAAUCGUUCUACCAAGUUCAUCGAGCCCCUCCAGACCGUAUUCUCACCCAAUUUAUGAGACUAUGUUCCUUGGCCUAUGAGUUUGAUCGUGCCGAAGCGCCAACUUACAUUUUCCGAGCGCCGUUGCUAGAGAAUGAUGUACCUGGUUUGUUCCUCCGGGACAUGAAGACGACGAAGGCAUCGAUAUUCUAUGAUCUCACCGUCCGCCAGUCAUCCUCAGCAAGUUGGAUAUGUCUUGUUCUUUGUCUCAAGCACAUAGUCGAAACUCCCCUCAGCAUCGACAUCUCCAUCCUGUGUGCUUUCAUCGAUCAAAUUUGCACAUACUCGGUAGUGCUUGCUAGAAUUGGUUCGACGCCCCCGUUGCACGACGUAACCAUGCCAUACAGCUGGCUGGUCCGCGUUUCGAAGCAUUUGAUUGAACUCGCCGCGAAGCAAUUCUCAAUGUCUUUAACCUUCAUUCUUGUCGACUGCAUGCGAAACCUACUGCAGCAAUUGUCAACUACAACGAUGAAUCUUCUCUUCAAGCGCCGCCCUUUGGGUGAUUAUGGGUUGGCCGUUAGAGGCGCAUUCAUGUCGCGGGUGUGCAAAAGCAUGUGCCUUCUCGGGUAUAACGUCCGACAUGAUGCGCUGAGAGCUAAGAUUGUAAUGGCGCUUAGUUCAUGUCGAGGAAAUCGCGUGAUUCCUCUUUGCGACGAAUACUUCAGUGCAAGAGAUUGGUCCGGCCUCGCACGAGUCAUUCGCCAAAUACCGCUUACGCCAUUGGAUGGCCUCGUUCAGUUGUACCAUGCCAGCCGUUCCGUUGCUGGCGAUCCUCCUCCACGGAACGUGCGGCGGGUGAUCUACAGCGCGAUCGUCGAGAUUCCACAAUUGUUGACUUUGACCACCGAUUCCGGCACCGGGACGACUCUUAGGGGAGAGGCUGCGCCCUUCGUCUCCAACUCCGAAUCUGUCCGAGCGAUGCUGCAGAAGAUUCAAGCAGACGAGCAGAAGGCUCAGGGCAUAUCAGACGACAAGCACGAUGCGGACGAUGAACAAGAUUUAUCACCAGAUGAGCCCGAGGUCGACGCGGAGGCCAUAGCGACGCAGUUGAGCGAUGACGCCCCUGCCGAUGCCCUGGUCGAAGGACCUUCCGACAAGGAGCUGGAAUAUGUUCGUAUAGUCCAGGCAAUAUAUCGUCGAAAACUCCGUCACCGUCAGCAUGCGCCGGACGCCAAUGACCAAGCGAGAUCAACAUUCUACUCCCGGUGCCUGGAGCAGAGCCGCAAGAUGGAUUGGCAAUAUACACAUUACCGCCACCUGUUUCUGGGUCCCUUGCCGCACGUGCUCGUGUACCUCAAGAAAGUCCAGAGCUGGGCUGAGAACGCGAAGAGACGAAUCAAAGCGAAGACAGGCAAGAGCCACAAGGAGUAUGACGAUCUCUUCGACCGGCAGACCCUGAUGAACAACUAUCGCAAAACCGCGCAGCGCUUACAGGACGCGCUAAGGCCCGAAGCGGCUUUCCAUCUGCAGCGCGAUUCAGAACAGCUCAAAGCGCUUGUCAAGGAGGUCGAGGCGCUCGCCAAGUCGCUGCCGGCCAACAGUACUAGUCUGGUCGAGGUCGAGGAUGACUUGGCUAUCGCUGUGAAGGGUAUCGUCACACCGCCCAAACCACCGCCAGCUAAACCAGAGAAGCCGGACGUUCAGAUUGACGAUGCGUAUGAUCUUUACAACGAAGCGCACGGUCGUUACGACGAAGAUUAG